GAGAGUCCUUGAGUUUUGCCGAUGAUUUGCUGUCUGGCCUUGGAACAGCCUGUGUGGCUGCUGGCAGAAGCCACGGGGAUGCCCCUGACACCAGCCUCUACUCCGUCAUUUUCAAGUGCCUGGAGCCAGAUGGACUGUACAAAUUCACGCUGUACGCCGUGGACACCCGAGGCAGGCACUCUGAGCUGAGCACGGUCACCCUGCGAACGGCGUGCCCAUUGGUGGAUGACAGCAAGGCAGAGGAGAUAGCCGAUAAGAUCUACAACUUGUACAACGGCUACACCAGUGGGAAGGAGCAGCAGACCGCCUACAACACGCUGAUGGAGGUUUCGACGUCUAUGCUUUUCCGUGUUCAGCACCAUUACAACUCUCACUAUGAGAAGUUUGGAGACUUUGUGUGGCGCAGUGAGGAUGAGCUCGGCCCCAGAAAAGCUCACCUCAUUCUGCGGAGGCUAGAGAAGGUCAGCAGCCACUGUUCAACCUUGCUACGCAGCGCCUACAUCCAGAGCCGUACCGACACCGUGCCCUACUUGUUCUGCCGCAGCGAAGAGGUCCGGCCGCCUGGCAUGGUCUGGUACAGCAUCCUCAAGGACACCAAAAUCACGUGCGAGGAGAAGAUGGUCUCUAUGCUGCGCAACACGUAUGGCGAGUCCAAGGGGCGAUGAGAGAAGGCGGCCAGCCUAGCGGACAUGGAAGAUCAGACAGGCGCAUGGACUCUGUGGAGUCGAGAACUUGUAGCAUCCUGGAAUUUGGGGGAAGGA